GUGAUUUUGAAAAACAAAUGAAGAAUUGGCGUAAACAAAAAACAAGUGACGGAAGCCAAUGCACAACGACGCAAGUGACAGGACAGGGCGUUGCAUCCACGGGUUAAGGACAUUUUAGCAGCGAGCAACAGAGAUGGAUAAGCUAAGGAAAGCUCUAAGUGGGGAGGAAAACAACGGUGAAGAUAAUUCUAUUCUGAGUCCAGUUUUUGAUGCUGCAACUUUUAGCUGGUCGACACGUAUUAAAGGCUUCAUCAUAUGUUUUGUCGUUGGAAUCCUGCUCUCAUUGCUUGGAAGUGUUGCAUUGUUUUUGCAUAAAGUAACAAUAUUUGCUGUUCUCUAUACAUUUGGGAAUGUUACCUCAAUGGCCAGCACAUGUUUCUUGAUGGGCCCCAUGAAUCAACUUAAAAAGAUGUUUGCCUCAACACGUGUCAUAGCAACAAUUUUAGUUCUUGUUCUGAUUUGUCUGACCUUGUUUGCGGCAUUGUAUUUGCAUAAUGCUGGGCUAGCUUUGCUGUUCAUCAUACUGCAGGCUGUUGCUAUGACCUGGUACUCUAUCUCUUACAUACCCUAUGCUCGGACAGCGGUGAAGAAAACUUUCACUGAGUGCAUCGCCUGAAAGGUAAACUGAUGCUUAAAUAUCACAUAUCCAUUGCAUUUCCCCUUUUUGACUGAAAAUGAAAAUAUCUAGUUUGUAAAUAUAAUAUUGAUAGUAUGAAGAAGGUGCAGGAUAUUACUUAAAGCAAUGUGUUGCAUUUUUAACUGUCAUUUUUUUGUGAGGAGCUGUUGUUUGCCAUCAUGUGGUUUUCUCUUCAUUUUAUGUGGGCUGUGAGGAUGAAAAAGAAAGCACAGAUUUCAGGACUUUCCCUUUCAAUUAUUGUUAUUUAUUCACUGCACACUUUAUUUUUUUAAACUUAGAUCAGUUAAUUUUGAAUGGAAGAAGACCAAUUUUACGUGAAUGAAGUUGACAUUGAAUUAAUAUAAUUUUGAACCUAAUUAAUGCAGUCUUAAUAUCUGUCUUGAGAUAAUUAUCUGUCUUUCCUUGCAUCUGAACUAUUUUGUUACCUGUCUUACAGUAUUUUUUAAGGUUUGUCUCAAAGACUUCUACAAAGUUUCUGUUAGCUGAGAGUAAUUGAACCAUUAACACGUUGAAUCCCACGUGACCACACAUAUGAUCACAAAGCACGUGAUUAAUGCCCCCCUGGGACUCAACGUGUUAACUUAUGAGGGACCAUUGGGGUUUCAAACCUUGGACCAAAAAGGCAUAAAACCUUGAAAAAGGUUGCCUCCAUUUUAUAAUCAAAAUCUCCUAUAAAUACCUGCUCAAAAAUAAUACGUUAGCAGUAAUUUAUCAGGUUCUCUUCCCUGUUCUGGAAGUAGCUUAUUGAAUUAUCCAACCUGAAAAUGAAUUUAUAUUAUUAGUGUUUUUUUUCGCUUCCCUUAAAUAGGCAUUUUGGCCAACACUUUUACACAAAUGUAAUAGGAAGACUGUAGAUCAGAACUUUCACUUUGGUAUGCUGAUUUUUCAUAUAUUUCCUUCACUUUCAUUUAAUUUAAAAUAUAUUAAUUAAGUUUACUUAUUUACAUGUAGAGUGCUGGAUGCUGUGAUCAUAAGUGUGUAUAUUAUGUACUAUAAUUUGUAACAAUUUCCAUGAUUAAAUUCAUGUGAAUACAUCUUUA